GUCAAACAGCGGGUCGUGCCUACGCGCGAAUCCACGCCUGCCAAUCAGAGCGCACAACGGUCCUGGCUUCCCGCCCCCUUAGGCCGGAGCCAAUCGUCUGCUCGGGCGCGCAGUCCACGGCGGAUCCAAACCGGAGGGGUUGGAGUAGGAUAGCUGAGAGGAAGCGCCACUCGGGGAAGAAUGGAGGCGACUGGGACCGAGGCUCAGGCUGCAGCCCUAGAGGCCCUGGCCAAGGUGACAGCCAUCCUGGAGCCUGUAGGCCUGCAGGAGGAAGCAGAGGUGCCUGCCCAGAUCCUGGCUGAGUUUGUGAUGGACUCCCGGAAGAAGGACAAGCUGCUUUGCAGCCAACUGCAGGUAGCAGACUUCCUGCAGAACUUCCUGGUGCAUGCAGACGCUGCCGAGGGCCUGGACCCUUUGGCUUCUGAAGACAUGAGCCGGCAGGAAGCAAUUGCAGCCAAAGAACAUUGGAAAGAGCUGAGGGCUACCUACCAAGAGCAUGUGGAGGCCAUCACAAGUGCCUUGUCCCAGGCUCUGCCUCAAUUGGAGGAGGCCCAGAGGAAGCGGGCAUGGCUCCAGGAGGCCCUUGAACAGCUCCAAGCAAAGAAGCAAGUGGCCAUGGAGAAACUCAAAACAGCCCGGAAGAAGUGGCAGUUGCAACAGGAGAAGCAUCUGCAGCAUCUGGCAGAGGUUUCGGCAGAAGUGAGGACGCGUCAGGCAGAAACUCAUCAGGAGGUUGAACGGCUGUAUCACGAACUUGGUGUCCUAAAGCAGCAGGCAGGGCAGGAGCGGGAAAAGCUGCAGAGGUCAGGUUGGCAGCAUGCCUUCCAAGUCCCGGUGGUCCAGUUGAAUUCCUUUACCUCAUACCCACCUCUUCAUCACAGGCACCAGGCCUUUCUCCAGCUUCUAUACACCCUGCAGGGUGUCCCUGAGGCUGAGGCAGAGCCACCAUAGGAUCUGCCCCUCCACCUGGAUCUUCUGGAUAAGCCCCAGCAGCUGACCUGGCCCCAGGAGAAGAAUACUGAGGACUCUAUGGCAAGAGAAGGGGCCAAUGGCCCACAACUUGCUGGAGAUGCAAGCUUGCCAUGGCUCCCUGCAGGACAACAGAAUGCAAAAGGAUGCCAGAACAGCUCCCUGGCCCCAUCCUCAUUGCAGGAUGGACUGUGAAAUCCUGAGCACAGCCUGAUUGAUGACAACAACCCAGGGUAGGCUAUGGAUUCUGGCAAUUAAAAGCUUGUACCUCUCUUA